CCACAGGAGUCUAAGGACACGGUUUCUGGGCUUACCGGCCCAAAGUACAGCUCCAGGCGCCCUUCACGACCCUGGGGUGCGGGCUGAGGCGGCCAGGGCGACACAGGCUUCCCCCACUAGGAACUUCUCCACUGCGCGGGCACGGGCGGCCGAGCUCCGACUGUCCAGGCAGUGCGCUCCGGCCCGGAGGGCGCGUGGCCAGUGCAGCCGCCCCCGGGGAGCCCAGGGCGCAGAGGCGGCUGGUGGUCCGGAUUUUUCCAGCAGCUCCAUGGCAUUCCGGAAGCAGCUUCGGGGCCUCGUGGCCGCGACCGUCACGCCAAUGACUGAGAACGGAGAUGUAAACCUGCCCGUGGUCGCCCGCUACGUGGACUACCUGGUGAAGGAGCAGGGCAUCAGGAGCGUCUUUGUGAAUGGCACGACUGGGGAAGGCCUGUCCCUCAGCGUCUCUGAGCGCCGCCAGGUCGCCGAGGAGUGGGUGGCACAAGGAAGGAGCAAGCUGGACCAGGUGGUGAUUCACGUGGGGGCACUGAGCUUGAAGGAGUCGCAGGAGCUGGCCCGGCACGCAGCAGAGAUAGGAGCCGAUGGCAUCGCUGUCAUUGCGCCUUUCUUUCUUAAGCCAUGCAGCAAAGACGCACUGGUCAGUUUCCUCAAGGAGGUAGCUGCAGCGGCGCCCAACGUGCCCUUCUAUUACUACCACAUCCCGGCCCUGACCGGAGUGAGGAUUCGUGCUAAGGAACUGUUGGACGGGAUUCAAGACCAGAUUCCCAGCUUCCAGGGGCUCAAGUUCAGCGACACGGACCUCCUGGACUUCGGCCAGUGUGUGGACCAGCACGGCCCACACCAGAUGGCUCUCCUUUUCGGGGUAGACGAGCAGCUGCUGGGUGCACUGGCGAUGGGAGCCACUGGGGCUGUGGGCAGCACCUACAAUUACCUGGGGAAGAGGGCAGCCCAGGUGCUGGAGGCCUUCCAACGCGGGGACCUGUCCACGGCUCUCAGCUACCAGUUUUGUAUCCAGAGAUUCAUCAAUUUUGUGGUUAAAUUAGGUUUCGGGGUGCCGCAGACUAAGGCCCUUUUAUCUCUGGUCUCAGGGAUCCCCAUGGGUCCACCCCGGCUCCCCUUGGAGAGGGCCUGUGGCGAGUUCACCGAGAAGGCUGCAGCUCAGCUCAGGAGCCUGGACACUGAUUUCCUGGCACUAGCUGGCUCCCAGCAGCACAGCUGGGAGGCCCGGGACUAGUGCCUGCUGUGGAUCGGGCCACACCAGGCCUGGUCCACUGUGCACACGUCAUUCUCCUCUCAGGGACUUUUCUUGUGAACUUGGGCUGCUCUCCAUCCUCACAUCCACCAACAGAUGCUUCGGUGCUCACUAUGGCCUGAAAGGUGCCCCUGUUGGAAGAGCUCUCAGAGGGUCCUGGCUUGGCCACUGAGGCCUCACAGACUGUAGGGAGCUGCAGGGAGGAAGGAGAGCCCAGAGGAAAACCAUGGCUGAUUGGUCCUUCCUGCCUUUGCUGUGACUUUGAUUCCUGGGGCCCAAUCCUAGUUGAACACUUUGAUUCUGAGCCACUCCCACGUAUGCCCACACAAAUAAACCUUUGUCCAGCA